AUGGCACCCGCAACGAUGCCUUCGGCACCCGCCGAGAAGUGGGAUGACGGUACCAAGGACUAUGUCCCCGUCCGCAGUUCCAGGACCGACCCCAAGAAGCCUCACAUCACCAGCCAGCCCAUUACUUGGGGUAACUGGUGGCUUCACGUCAACUGGCUCAACACAUUUUUCAUCCUCAUCGUUCCCGCCAUUGGCCUCGUCUCUUCCUACUGGGUUCCGCUCCAGUGGAAGACGGCUGUCUUCUCUGUCGUUUACUACUUCAACACUGGUCUGGGUAUCACAGCAGGCUACCAUCGCCUUUGGGCUCACUCCUCCUACAAGGCCUCUCUGCCCCUGAAGAUCUACCUCGCCGCUGUCGGCGCAGGUGCCGUUGAGGGCUCCAUCCGCUGGUGGUCCCGCGAGCACCGAGCUCACCAUCGCUACACCGACACUGUCAAGGAUCCUUACUCUGUCCGCAAGGGUCUUCUGUACUCUCACCUUGGCUGGAUGGUCAUGAAGCAGGACCCCAAGCGUACCGGCCGUACCGAUAUCACCGAUCUCAACGAGGACCCCGUCGUCAUGUGGCAGCACAUUCACUUCCUCAAGUGUGUGCUGACCAUGGGCGUCAUCUUUCCCACUCUGGUCUGCGGUCUCGGCUGGGGUGACUGGCUUGGUGGCUACGUCUACGCCGGCAUUCUCCGCAUUUUCUUUGUUCAGCAGGCUACUUUCUGCAUCAACUCCCUCGCCCACUGGAUCGGCGAUCAGCCCUUCGACGACCGCAACAGCCCUCGCGACCACAUGAUCACUGCUCUCUUCACCCUUGGUGAGGGCUACCACAACUUCCACCACGAGUUCCCCUCGGACUACCGCAACGCCAUUCAGUGGUGGCAGUACGACCCCACUAAGUGGAUGAUCUGGACCUGGAAGCAGCUUGGCCUCGCCUCCGACCUCAAGCAGUUCCGUGCCAACGAGAUUGAGAAGGGACGUGUCCAGCAGCUCCAGAAGAAGCUUGACCAGAAGCGUGCCACCCUCGACUGGGGCAUUCCUCUCGAGCAGCUCCCUGUUGUCGACUGGGAUGACUUUGUUGCCCAGAGCAAGGAGGGCAAGGGUCUUAUCGCUGUCGCUGGUGUCAUCCACGACGUGACCGACUUCAUCAAGGAUCACCCCGGUGGGCGCGCCCUCAUCAACUCUGCCAUCGGCAAGGAUGCUACCGCUAUAUUCAAUGGCGGUGUUUACCUUCACUCCAACGCCGCUCACAACCUUCUCUCCACCAUGCGCGUUGGCGUGCUCCGCGGCGGCUGCGAGGUUGAAAUCUGGAAGCGUGCUCAGUUCGAGAACAAGGACAUGACCUACGUCACCGACUCAUCCGGCCAGCGUAUUGUCCGCGCCGGCGACCAGCUCACUCGUGUUGCUCAGCCCACCAAGGGCGCCGAUGCCGCGUAA